AUGAAGCAAGUGAUAACAAUUUACUUUUUCAGAUUUCGGUUAUUGUACACUACAAAUCGAUUAUUAACCACUAUAAUAAUACAAAGUAUUAAAUAUAUACACGUAUUGAACAAAGUAGUUAAAAAUAUUGCCAAAUUUCUUUAUCAAUAUAGAACAAGAGCAAACUUAUCCUUUUUGUGCUUUCCGCACCUGUUUCUACGGGGUGCACGAGAUGGAGACGAGAAACCUCCUUGCAGUUUCACUGAAGUAUGCUUUUUAACAUUACGAACAAUAAAGUGCAGUAAAUUUGUUGUAAAGUUGUUCUAUUUUGGUAUCAAUGAAGUUCUUAUAAAACUUUUUCAACGUUGGUUUCUUAUUGUGCUCUCUUUUAGCAAACUUGAUACUUUUUUGAAGAAAAGUAGAGAAUUUGUUUUUGUGUUGUUAUGCAAUAGUCUUCUUGGUAAAUAA